AUGGUUUCUGCUACUGUCUUCUAUCCUCAAAACACUUUCUUUAACAAACCCUCUUGUGCUUCGUUCAGCAAGCAGCAGCCCAAGUUGGGAAACCCCAGUUACUCUCUCAAAGAUGGAUCCUUAGCUUUUGCUUCACAGAAUGGUGUGCUUCAAUUAAGUGUUUCAAGCAUAAAGUCUGAUGGAAGUAGCAGAGGCAGACCUCCCCGGAAAAGUUCUGCACCAGGAAGAACAGAAAAGGAGGAUGAGAAUUUGAAGUCCCUAUCUUCUGACAGAAAAAUACCCUUGUCAUCUAACCAGGAAGAGAUAAUGGCCCUGUUCAGACGGAUACAGUCUUCCAUCUCAAAGGGAGAGUCUACAGCCACUAAGAAGAACAAUGCUGGCAGGUCCAAGGAGAAGUCCCCACCUGAUUCAAUUCUGGAAGCUCUUCGCUAUUCGAGGAAGCAUACAAAAGACACAAGAACAGUCAGAGAAGGGAAGAAGGUCCCAACACAGAAACGAAGUGUGCCGAAGGACCAGAAGACGAAAGAACAAAAUGCCUUGGCAGAUUUUAAGUUAACCAGACCACCGUCUAAUUUCACAAAGAAGUCUCCAAUACCAUCUCCAGCAACCCCGGGAGAAAAGACUACUGAGCUGAAUAGUGAACCAUCAAAGGCCAAAGCCUGCAGCAACAUAUCAGAGUUGCCAAGAGUAGCAGAAAUGAAACUGGCCGAGCUGAAGGAACUAGCAAAGUCCAGAGGGAUUAAAGGUUACUCGAAGUUGAAGAAGGGUGAGCUUCUGGAAUUGCUGAGGUCCUGA